CAAACCGAGUUUCAUUGAGGGAAAUAAAUAAAUAAAUAUUCCUCGAAAAAUGUGAAUUUAGCACCAAGUGUACUUCAAAAAGAGCCAUAAUUAGAUCAAAAUUAGCCAAAAAUACUCAAAAAAUCACAAUGCGAGUUGCGUUUUUGGUAUUUUUAUCAGCCAUAUGUGUUUCCGGUUACAAUGUCGACAAGAAAGAGUCGACUGUUCUAAUUGCCAUUUUGAUUAGAAACAAAGCGCAUAUCUUGCCAUAUUUCUUUUCCUAUCUCGAGAGCUUAGACUAUCCCAAGGAUCGGAUUUCGCUAUGGAUUCGAUCAGAUCACAACGAAGAUAAUUCCCUGCAAAUCAUCGAUGCUUGGUUGAACACAACUCGGGACUUGUAUCACUCCGUCGACUACCAAUUUAGCGUGCAACCGAAGCGCCGAGCGUCGGAAAAUUCGUUCCACGAUUGGUCAAAUGAACGAUUCAACGAUGUGAUAAGACUGAAAGAGGAAGCACUAUACAAGGCAAAGGUCAUGUGGGCCGAUUACAUAUUUUUCCUCGAUGCUGAUGUAAUUCUAACCGAACCGAGCACUUUGAGGUACUUGACGUCGCUGAAAUUGCCGAUUGUGGGUCCGUUGUUGCAGUCAGAGUCGUUGUACAGCAACUUCUGGGGCGGAAUGACGCCAAAAUAUUACUACGUUCGCACGGAAGAGUACACGGAAAUUAUGAAAUACGAGAAAAUGGGAGAGUUUGUUGUUCCAAUGAUCCAUUCUGCGGUUUUGCUGGAUAUGAGACUUGCGAAAAUCGAUUCUCUCACUUUUAAUAAGCCGAAUUUGAAUAAAAUGCUCGCAAAUUCGAAUCAGGAGUACACAGGACCCAACGAUGACAUCAUCACUUUUGCUGUUUCUGCCAAUUUAUCGCAUGUUCCGAUGUAUAUUUCGAAUAAGAAGCAAUUUGGGCAUAUCACGGUGCCACUCGAGGGUGACGAGACCAUGGCAAAAGAUAAGGAAAAGUUGACUGAUGUCUUGUUAUCGAUUGUGAACGAAUUGGGAGACAUUAGCAUAGUUUCCAGCAUGCGCGAGUUUAUUGAGUUCCCAAAAAAAGAUCGUCUCGAGUUCUCAAAAAUUUUCAUGGUGAAUUUGGUGCGUCGGGAUGAACGUCGUAAAAAGAUGGAAAAGAAUUUCGAUCUGCUUGGAUUGGAAGUUGAGCAUUUUGCGGCAAUUGAUGGCAAACAAAUGAACGAAGAAUGGAUCAAACAGCAGGGAAUCGAAUUUAUGCCGGGAUUUGUUGAUCCGUAUCACGAUCGCCCCAUGACUUAUGGCGAAAUUGGAUGUUUCAUGAGCCAUUAUUUGAUUUGGAAGAAAAUGGUGGAAGAAAAACUCGAGUUAGUGUUGAUUUUAGAAGAUGACGUCAAGUUUGAACCUUAUUUUAGAACGCGUGUCACAAAUAUUUUAGCUCAAGCAAGAAAAUCCGGCAAAACUUUUGAUUUACUUUAUUUCGGUAGAAAAGCUUUGAGUCACAAAGAUGAACGUUACAUACCUGGCACAACGAAUUUAGUCGAAGUUGGGUACAGUUACUGGACUUUGGGAUACGUUUUGACUCUGAAAGGUGCGCAAAAGCUCUUGGCACAAGAACCGCAAAAGAAAAUGGUGCCCGUUGACGAAUAUCUUCCAAUAAUGUUCAAUCAUCAUCCCAAAGAACGUUACAAGUCGCAAUUCAACCCACGAGACUUGGUAGCUUGGAGUACGGCGCCGCUGCUUCUCUUCCCGACACAUUACACUGGAGACGAGGGAUACAUCUCCGACACGGAACAAUCAUUGACAAUCAAAGUCACGAAUGCAAAAUCCGAUGAAAACGCGAACAAUCUGGAGCCCGCCGUCAUUUCGGAUUCCAAAUCUAUUUUUUCGCAUCAAGAACUGAAUGCUGAACACCAAAGAACUGAACUGUGAAUCUCGUAGGAAAACAGCUUGCCAUAUUUAGGGACCAAAAAAAAUAAAUAGUUAGCUCUCAAAGUAUUAAAAAUUCUUAAAAAUGACCGAGACUUACUUUUGCAUAUGAGGAUUUUUGUAGUCAUAAAUGACAAUAAAUGUUGCAAUAAAGAUUUAAGCCA